AUGUCAUCAUCAAUUUGUCGUUAUCAAUUAAAUCCAUCUAAAUAUCAACAUUCAUUUUCAUCUCACUUAAUAUAUCUGUUUUUAUUAUUUAAUGAAUAUGAUUAUUCGAUUCGAAUCAUUGAUUUAGGAACAACUGCAAAGACAAAUGAUAUAUUAAAACUUAUUCAAAGUGAUUCAAAUAUUGAACUUGCUUAUACACGUGCUGAACAUUUUGGAACAUUAACACUUGUCAUUGUUGGUACAAUUGUACGAUUUGAUAUAUUUUGUAAACGUGUAAAAUGUUCAUCACGUAAUACGUAA